ACACACACACACGUCACACAGGGACUCAACUCAUAAAGGCAGGAGAACCAGGAAGUUUUGCGAAGUUGUUAUGAUGGCGCAGUAGCGUUUUACACUUUUUAGGCUCAUUUUGAGGAAAAAACGACUGUAUUCAGCACUCGAGACUUCCACUUUUUCCCGUGCAUCACAAUGAAGGCUAUCCUGACUUUAUUAGCUUGUAUGGCCGUCGUUUAUGAAGAAUCUCAUGUUGGCACACUGACGCCAAGGGUGACUUAUUUAAAACAGCAGAGGACCUGCAUGUUGAAAAAUGACGCUAAAGAGGUACCCUGCGCAUUAAAAAGUGACCCAGCGGAGAUAUGUGACGAGCAGGGAGUGAGAACGCCAUCCUCAGACGUUGCUGGCGAAAGGUUGUGGAGUUCAGGAGCGCUCUGUCAGAGUAUUCGCUCUGAUUUUGUGUUACUGAACCAACCGUACCCAUUCCCCGGGAACGCCAGCGGCUGUCGUCAGGCUGAAUGGAGAAAGACAAACCCCACAGCUAAUAUUGCCACGUACCAAAACCAAGCGUGCACGACCAGCGAAGGUUUAGAGGAAGAAUACAGAUGUGAAGACAACCACCUGCUUCUCAAAUCAGCGAAAUUCAACGACGCGGGAUCCUACGAGUUCAUCUGUAAUUGGGAUAUCAUUUCAAUUCGUCUCGACGUUUUAUAUGCUCAAGACGUGAGUGCAGUAGAGACGGAGAACAUCAUCCUGAACUGUUACGCACACAGCACCGAAGACGUGACGUGGCUGCACAACAAAAAAAUAAUUUUGCACGUCAAGAUGAACGGAUCGGCGAGCUUCAGCAAAGACUACGAGGGAAGGGUUUCGGUGAAGAAGAGCUGCUUCAAAACCGGCGACUUCUCUUUGACCAUCGCUCGCGUUCUCAAGGAAGAUGCGGGAACGUAUCGCUGUUUUGUGGAUGACGAAACGAAAAAAGGAAUCCCGCAGGCCUCUGUGCUGCAUGUGAACGAGAAACGCUCCAGUCCAGGAGACCAGACACAACGCGACUGCAUCUUCUAUAAAACCACCACUAUAUUCUUGGGUGUCCUCUUGGGUAUUUCAGUCAUUGUGAUGUUUGUGAUCACCUUCAAACUAUGCAGAUCCAGAUCUACAGUCAGAGAGGGUGACACUGAAACCAGCCGUGAUCUGCUGUCUGAUAUCCGCCCAAGAACACCCGUCUGUGAAAGUCAGCCCUCUGAGGAGAGCAGCUCCACAGGAAAUAAGACUUCUUCAACCAUCCCUUUCACAACUGAUAAAGAUUAAAGGAACGGUUGACCCAAACAUGAAAACGACGGCACAGUUUCUCACAGCAAGCAAGCAGUCGGCACAAGAUGGCGUCGUUGAGCUUCGGCGGCAUACUUCAAAUACGUGCUGUGUUCAGAUUUAUAAUAUAUUAUACAAUGUAAUAUUUUAGUUUCUUUUUACUAUGUGCAUUUAUUAUUUAUAUUUGUUUCAAUUUCUUUUCAAUAAAUUAAAAUAAAAUUGAAAAUAUGACCUUU